CAUGAGCUUCCAUUUGGAAAAUUGGGCUUUGUAGUUUGUUAUAUGGCCGAAUCUUUCUUCUACUAAUUACUUCGUUGAGUUGGUUCUCCAUUCAUCGUCCACAAGAAAGUAGAAACCUGAAUUUUGAUUCGAAAUGAAGCUCUGCAACACCCCAUGACUUUAUGAGAGCUCAAAACUGUGAAACCUGCCUUUGAUGCCUGGAUUUGCUUUUGAUUGUUGUCUUUUAAAGGCUGCUGGCUUUGGUUGUGUGUUCUCCAUUUUUAUCAGUGCGGCAUUUUGUCGAGCAUCUUUCACUCAGCUAACCACCAUAUCUUCACCUAUUGGUAAAAGACCUUAGUUUUUGUACAAUUCGACUGAGUAUGUGGAAAUGCAGCCGGAGAAUCAUCGCCUUCGUUUCCUCUAUUGGGAAUAAUGAUGGUGUAAUCUCCCUGUAUGGACGAGUUGGCGUCUCUACGCCAUCACUACUACCGGCUCAUUCUUCUUCAAGGGCCUUAAGGAUUGAUUCUCCGGUUUUAUCAGUUCUUUUUCCUUCGUAUUUUUCAUCUAUACAUGAUGGAUUAGGUCCAGGUUCUCUAGCUCCGAUAAGUGCCGAUGAUGAUGGUGACGAUGAUUUCGGGAGCAGGGGUAAUGAAGAAGAGGAAGAUUUUGAUCAAGAAGAAGACGUUUGCAAUGGUGGCGGUAGGAAAACGGAAACCCGGUUAGCUGAUUUUCGCGAUGUUGAAACUAUUAUGGGUAUUCUUCAGAAAUGGAGCAAUGGCGGGAAAGAUUCAGUAAAGAACAGACUAGAGCAAUGCGGGGUUAUGGUGUCUUCGGAGUUAGUGGUUGAGGUUCUGUCUCGGGUGAGGAAUGAUUGGGAAACAGCAUUCACUUUCUUCCUGUGGGCUGGCAGACAACCCGACUAUGAACAUUCCUUGAGGGAGUACCAUUCCAUGAUAUCUAUACUCGGGAAAAUGAGGAAGUUCGAUACUGCGUGGGGAUUGAUUGAGGAAAUGAGAGGUAAAUCACUUGUCACCCCUCAAACACUUGUGAUUAUGAUCAGGAAAUACUGUGCCGUGCAUGAUGUAGGCAAGGCGAUCAGUACUUUUUAUGCGUAUAAGCGGUAUAGUUUUGAGAUCAAUGUAGACGAGUUUCAGAACCUUUUAUCUGCACUUUGUCGAUACAAAAACGUGAAAGAUGCAGAGCAUUUGCUUUUCUGUAACAAAAGUGUGUUUCCUUUGAGUACUAAGAGCUUUAAUAUCAUACUAAAUGGAUGGUGUAACGUUGUGGGCGAUUUGCGUGAAGGGAAGAGAAUAUGGGAAGAGAUGAGGAAGAGAGGGAUACCUCGGGAUGUUUUUUCUUACUCUAGUAUGCUGUCUUGUUAUUCAAAAGUUGGUAAGCUCCAACCUUUGCUGAAACUAUUUGAUCAGAUGAAGGCAUUGGAUAUUGCACCUGACCGGAAAGUAUACAAUGCAGUAAUACAUGCUCUUGCCAAGGCAAGACAUGUAAAAGAAGCCUGGAAUCUCAUGAAAACAAUGGAAGGAAAUGGUAUUAGUCCCAAUGCCAUUACAUAUAACUCCAUAAUUAUGCCUGUCUGCAGGAGCCGUCAAUUAGAUGCAGCUCGUGAAAUCUUCAAUGAGAUGAUGGAAAGGAACUUGACUCCUAAUGUCCGAACUUACCAUGCUUUCUUUGGCAUGCUUAGGUCAGAUGAAGAAGUAUUUGCACUCUUGCAAAAGAUGAAAAUGACAAGCUGCAAACCAACUCAUGAUACAUAUAUUAUGUUGAUUAGGAAGUUUUGUAGGUGGCGCCAAUUUGAUAACGUUUUCAAGCUGUGGAACGAGAUGAGUGCUAAUGGACUUGAUCAUGACAGGAGCUCUUAUCUUGUGCUCGUACAUGGUCUGUUUCUUAAUGGAAAAUUGGAGGAGUCUUAUCAAUAUUAUCUGGAGAUGCAGGGGAAACACAUGUUACCAGAUCCAAAGAUUGAAGAGAUGCUCCACGCUUGGCUCGCAGGCAAACAAGCUGCGGCAGAAGGGCAGGGGACCAAUUUGUAAGACAAUCAAGUAACUUAACUACUAGUGUACGAUAUAUCUGGUAAAACCCUGUAAUUUUGUAUGAGAAAAUGUAGCUGAAUAAACUAUCCGUGUAGGUUUGUACCGGAACCAUAAUUAGUUAGCCAGUUUUCACACAGAAGCUUGAUUUCUUUUUUUUUUUUUUGUUAAAAAGAAAAUUGCAUUGCCCUGACGAGGUUUCCAAACUAACAUCAUCGUGAGAAUAGCCACCCAAUCCUGAUGCUUGUAUUUUUGACUUCUCAAAAUAUGUGCAUGAUUAUGUUGCAAACAGUUGCAUGAUCUGUCUGCUGCGGAUUUGUUGAU